GAAAAUGCAGCAAUCGGCCAGGUGGUAAAGGCAUGGUCUGACGGACCACCGAUGAGAGCUGGAGAGGGCAGGGCGCACUCGAGUUGGAGUGAGACAAUGGUGAUCGCGGAGUGUAUUGGUGGCUGGAUUCCAGGGUCAUCUUUGACCUGGUAGCGUUGCCCUCACUCCUCUGGUCGAUCUCUCAACGACGGAGGCGGAAUGAUGGGGUUUCUUGGUGGACUGGUAGUGGGCAAGUGGGUGUCCCGAUCACAGGGCAGUAUCCUCACGGAGAUGUGUUGCGGUGGGGAAUUUGCGUGGACUCGGAGGCAUCAUCGCUUUAUUGAUGGGUGGGAGGGAGAUACCUCGGCCAGUGGCAGUCUUCCAAGUCCAACAUCCAACUAACCUCUGUUCCUCCUCGAUCCACAUCUUAUUAGGUCAAACAAAAGAAAAUUCCCCUUUGUCCAAUUGCAUUUUGGGGGUGUCACUGUCCCCAUCCUCUGAUUACCUGGCCAAUUGCCAUGUUCGGAUCAGGCUGAUCUCCUAGGCCUUUACACCGCAUUAUGCACUUCUUGUUUCCAUGGGUAAAAUCAGUUCUCAUUGCCGGAGAGUAAUUUUUUUCAGAAGAACCUUCAUGCGCCCGCCAGGUCUCUGGUUGAAGGUUGUACUCCCUCAAAGACGCAGUCAUUGCGAUGCUUCCAGAUCAUCCUUGGUACCAGCAGCAUCGCGGUCACCAGCCCCUUGUGCAUCGGCUUCGGGGUGUGUUGCCUUGUGGCAUGCCACCAAUCAAAGAGGUUGGCUUCGUCCGAGGGUGGGUUACAAGACAUACACAGACAGGACAGGAUUUCGUGCCAGAUUUGCCGAGAGAACGAGCAGCCUAAGAAGAGGUGCUGGAUUGUCUCUGGAGCUUGGUCACAGAGGAGGCAUCUUGGGUGAUGUUGAAACCCUCGUCUUGCGAGUCGAUAUGCCGUCCAGCAUCGAUCCAAGUUGGCAAGCCAGUGGAAGAAUUUGACGCGGUUAGGUGCCCAGCUUUUCCAGAUUAGCUUCCAGGAAGCGCAGUUGGUCGAACCAUGGAAAGAAGCUCCGUAUGCAGACUUGACUGUGUACUUUCCAAUUGCACGCCACUUCCAGAUGAGUUUGUCAUCGUCCCUGGUUAGCUGUGUGCUCUCGAUCAGCUGCCAAAGGCAGAGAUGUAAGGCCACUGGUGGAGGACAUGAACAGAAACCCAAUGCAUGUGCAAAUCCAUUAUUUGUGUUGUGAGUUGUGGUCAAGGUCAAUGAUGCAAAUUUACAGAUGUUGGUGCACCUAAAAUAUGGAAGACUUAUGGUUUCCUAAGCAUGCUGGUAACUUUUUAUUAAGUGAAGAAAUACAUUUAACUCUCACGUCAAGGGAUGUGUUUGAAGAAGAACACCAAGACAAUUCAAGAGUUACUAAGAACAAUCUAAACUACAUGGUUGGUUCUACAAGCAUGCUCGUUGAUUGUAUGCAAGCUGCAAUACACCAGAAUAUAUGAUUGCCACUUCACUGCAUGCUAGAUCUAACACAUCCUGCUGUUUACCAGGUUCACAUUGUGUACUUGGGCCACAAUAACGGUCUGACUCCUUCUCUGACCACACGGUUUCAUCUCCAACUUCUGUCAAGAGUCUUUGCAGAGCUGGAUGAAGCAAGACAAGCUAUUCUCUAUAGCUACAGCUAUGGAUUCUCUGGUUUUGCAGCACUGCUCAAUUCAACGCAAGCCACCACCUUGUCAGAAUCAGAAGAGGUCAUAUCUGUAUUCAGGAGCAGGAUGCUGCAGCUCCAUACAACCAGGAGCUGGGAUUUCAUGGGCCUCAGCUUGCAUUUACAGAUGGAGCAACCAUCCUCACAAAUGCAUUUGAAGUACGGAGACGACGUAAUUGUCGGUAUCCUCGACACAGGGGUGUGGCCUGAAUCCAAGAGCUUCAGAGAUGACUCCCACCUAGGCCCCAUCCCGUCAUCAUGGCGCGGAACGUGCGUGGGAGGUCAGCAGUUCGACCCGGCCACCGCGUGCAACCGCAAGCUCAUCGGCGCGCGGUACUACCUGGCCGGCAUCGAGAGCGAGCUUGGCCCGAUCAACACCACCGGUGGCACGGAGUACCGGUCGCCGAGGGACCGUGUCGGCCACGGCACGCACACGGCGUCCACAGCGGUGGGCGCCGUGUCCCCCAACGCCAGCUACUUUGGUGGGCUGGGCCGCGGCGUGGCGCGUGGUGGCGCGCCCAGGGCACGGUUGGCGGUGUACAAGGUGUGCUGGUUCAAAGACCUGACGGGCCGGUGCAGCGACGCGGACAUCCUGGCGGCGUUCGAUGACGCUCUGCACGACGGCGUGCACGUCAUCUCGGCAUCUCUCGGGUCGUCGCCACCGCUGGCCCCUCUGUUCGCGACGAGCACCGAGGUCGGGUCGUUCCACGCGAUGCAGCUCGGGGUGUCGACGGUGUUCUCGGCAGGAAACGACGGUCCCGACGCGGCCAUGGUGCAGAACGUGUCACCUUGGGGGAUCACCGUCGCCGCGAGCACCAUCGACAGGAGGUUCCCCACGGUGAUUGCGCUGGGGAACAACGCUUCCGUCGUGGGAGAUGGCUUCAUCGUCAAGGACAUGGAAAUGCCAUUAGUAGAGAGCAGUAGUGUCUUCGCAGACGGGACGUGUUCGUUCGACCAGCUGGUGAACCGCACGGCGGCGUCCGGGAAGAUCGUCUUGUGCUUCUCCACAAUAGGGAUGGUGUCCAGCGAGGGCGCGGCGCUGGCGGUGUACGCCGGCGGCGGCUCCGGUGUGAUCUUCGCCGACACCAGCUCCCGGAAAUCCAACCAGGACAACUUCCUGCCAACCGUUCACGUCAACCUGCGUCAGGGCACCAAGAUCCUCAACUACAUCCAGAGCCGUUCAAGGCAACGGCCGACCGUGCACAUCUCGGCGAGCAGGACCGUCGUCGGCAAGACGCCGGCGCCGGCUAUCGCAUACUUCUCCUCCAGAGGGCCCAGCUCCAUUUCUCCAAACAUUCUCAAGCCUGACAUCACCGCACCGGGGGUGAACAUCCUGGCGGCAUGGCCGCCCAAGUCGUCGCCGACGGUAUUGCCCCUGGACAAGCGCUCCACCGAGUGGAACUUCGACACGGGCACGUCCAUGUCGUGCCCCCACGUCUCCGGCAUCGUCGCCAUCCUCAAGUCCGUGCACCCGACCUGGUCGCCGGCCGCCGUCAAGUCCGCUCUGAUGACCACGGCGUACGUGCACGACGACACGUCCGACGCGAUGCUGGCCGGCGGCACGAUGAAGGCGGCGGAUGCCUUCGACACCGGCGCGGGCCACGUGGACCCGCUGCGGGCGCUGGACCCGGGGCUGGUCUACGACGCGGACGCGCGCGACCACGUGCGAUACCUCUGUGGCCUCGGCUACACGGAGGCGCAGGUGCGGCAGAUGGUGCUCCCCUCCCCGGCGCUCAACACGAGCUGUGCCGGCGCCGGAAUGCCGUACGGCGUGUCCGACCUCAACUACCCGGCCAUCGUGCUCGCCGAGCUGGGCGCCGCGGCGACCGUGAAGCGGACGGUGACGAACGUGGGCCUCCGUAGGGACGCCGUGUACCAUGCCACCGUCGUCAGCCCCCAGGGCGCGCGUGUCGCGGUGUGGCCGCCGGCGCUGGUAUUCUCCCCGCGCUGCGCCAAGGCCGAGUACUACGUCACCGUCACGCCGGCGAAGCUGUCGCGCGGCCGGUACGACUUCGGCGAGAUCGUCUGGUCCGACGGCUACCACCGCGUGCGCACGCCGCUUGUCGUCAGGGUCACCAACCUGCCCGACGCCGGCGCUCAGUCAACGGAUGAGGACGGGACUGCUGAUCAUCCACAUGCUGCCUAGGUCCGGUUAUGUAGAUCUUGGCGGUGCACGUCUUCAGAUCACGUUAGACCGAUCUGAUUCGGAUACUUUCUUAGUCCGGAUUUUUCGUAAUGUUUUGAGUUCAUUUCUUUGGGACACAGACACACUGUAGGUGUGCCAUUGGCCAUGUUAAAAAUUUGUGACGAAUUUCA